AAGAAAGAGAGAGAGAAAGUGAAGAGAGGGAGAGAGGGGAGGGAGCGAGCUCUCAUGGUGCUUGCUGCGAUAUGUCUCAGGCUUCAGAGGAGUCUUCUGAGAUAAUAAAUAGGGGGCGCGUGGGAGGAAUGGAAUCACCCGGAGAUGCAAGCUUCCCACCACACUCUCCUAAAGAAGACUCGCCGGCCAUCGAAUUCGUCGACAAAGGAGGAGGAGGUCUUCCUACCGGCGGCGGAGCCCGAACAUAAAGAUUCAUCCUUUGUUCCUCCUCCUACUAGUAAUUCUGUCGUUACUCAUAGUUUAGAAAUGGAGGUAUCUAACGGCAAGCAGGAAGGGGAGUCGCCGGAGACGGCGGCCGGUGGUGGGGAGGUCGAGAAGCCCUCUCCGCCGGCACCGUCGGUGGGCUUCGGGGAGCUCCUCCGCUUUGCCGAUGGUCUUGAUUACAUUUUGAUGGCUAUCGGGACUGCUGGAGCUAUCGUCCAUGGUUGCGCUCUUCCUGUCUUUCUUCGCUUCUUUGCGGAUCUUGUCGACUCCUUCGGCUCCAACGCCGACGACCCCGACGCCAUGGUCCGCCAAGUCGUCAAGUAUGCUUUCUACUUCUUGGUCGUCGGGGCGGCGAUUUGGGCGUCUUCUUGGGCUGAGAUAUCUUGCUGGAUGUGGACCGGGGAGCGGCAGACGACCAAGAUGAGGAUCGAGUAUCUGGAGGCGGCGCUGAACCAGGACGUCCGCUACUUCGACACCGAGGUCCGCACCUCCGACGUCGUCUACGCCAUCAACGCCGACGCGGUCAUCGUUCAGGACGCCAUCAGCGAGAAGCUGGGGAAUUUUAUCCAUUACAUGGCCACCUUCGUCUCCGGCUUCGUGGUGGGUUUCACCGCCGUGUGGCAGCUGGCCCUCGUCACGCUCGCCGUCGCCCCCCUCAUCGCGGUCAUCGGAGGCAUUCACACCGCCACACUGGCCAAGCUCUCCUCCAAGAGCCAAAAAGCCCUGUCCCAGGCCAGCAGCAUAGCCGAGCAGGCAUUGGCUCAAAUCAGGACGGUGCAAUCCUUCGUGGGCGAGUCUAGGGUUCUCCAGGCCUACUCCUCGGCUCUGAAGCUGGCUCAAAGGAUCGGCUACCGGAUUGGCCUCGCAAAGGGUAUGGGACUGGGAGCCACCUACUUCACCGUCUUCUGCUGCUAUGCUCUCCUCCUGUGGUACGGCGGAUACCUCGUCCGCCACCAGCACACCAAUGGCGGACUUGCCAUCGCCACCAUGUUCUCCGUCAUGAUAGGAGGAUUGGCUCUCGGGCAGUCGGCUCCGAGCAUGACGGCAUUCGCCAAGGCUAGAGUGGCAGCGGCGAAGAUACACCGGACCAUCGAUCACAAGCCAAGCAUCGAACGGAACAGCGAGGCGGGGACAGAGCUGAAUGCCGUCACGGGGCAUGUGGAGUUCAAGAAUGUCGAGUUUGCUUACCCUUCGAGGCCGGAGGUCCUGAUACUCCGCGAUUUCUCGCUGAGUGUUGCGGCGGGGAAGACCCUUGCAUUGGUGGGGAGCAGUGGCUCUGGUAAGAGCACUGUGGUCUCCCUCAUCGAGAGAUUCUACGAUCCCGCUUCAGGACAAGUGUUGCUUGAUGGGCAUGACAUAAAGACCCUGAAGCUAAGGUGGCUAAGACAACAGAUAGGGCUGGUGAGCCAGGAGCCCACUCUCUUUGCAACCAGCAUCAAAGAGAAUCUUCUUUUGGGCCGGGAAGAUGCUAGCCAAGUGGAGAUAGAAGAGGCUGCUAGGGUUGCCAAUGCCCAUUCCUUCAUCAUCAAGCUACCAGAUGGCUAUGAUUCCCAGGUAGGGGAGAGGGGGCUGCAGCUCUCCGGCGGCCAGAAGCAGAGGAUCGCUAUUGCGAGAGCCAUGCUGAAGAAUCCGGCGAUCCUCCUCUUGGACGAGGCUACGAGUGCCCUUGACUCGGAGUCGGAGAAGCUUGUCCAGGAGGCGCUCGACCGGUUCAUGAUUGGCCGCACCACGCUCGUCAUUGCCCACCGCCUGUCAACAAUCCGCAAGGCCGACGUGGUCGCGGUCCUCCAGCAGGGGAGUGUCUCCGAGAUUGGCACUCAUGAUGAGCUUAUGGCCAAGGGUGACAAUGGACUCUACGCAAAGCUGAUUCGCAUGCAGGAGCAGGCCCACGAGGCCGCAAUCGCCAACGCCAGGAAGAGUAGCGCGAGGCCUUCCAGUGCUCGGAACUCGGUGAGCUCCCCAAUUAUCACAAGGAACUCAUCAUACGGCCGAUCACCAUACUCCCGCCGUCUCUCCGACUUCUCAACAUCCGACUUCAGCUUCUCAAUCGACCCCAAUCACAGGAUGGAGAAGCUCGCAUUCCGUGACCAGGCCAGCUCCUUCUGGCGCCUCGCGAAGAUGAACUCACCUGAAUGGACCUACGCCCUCAUUGGCUCCAUCGGGUCGAUGGUGUGCGGUUCCAUCAGUGCCCUCUUCGCCUACGUCCUCAGUGCCGUCCUCAGUAUCUACUAUGCCCAGGACCACCGCUACAUGAGACGGGAGAUUGCCAAGUACUGCUACCUCCUGAUCGGGGUUUCCUCUGCCGCGCUGCUCUUCAACACCCUGCAGCAUCUCUUCUGGGAUGUUGUUGGGGAGAAUUUAACUAAGCGAGUCCGAGAGAAGAUGCUCUUUGCGGUACUUCGAAAUGAGAUUGCAUGGUUCGACCAGGAAGAGAAUGCAAGCGCCAGGAUUGCUGCAAGGCUCUCCUUGGAUGCUCACAAUGUUAGGUCUGCAAUCGGAGACCGGAUAUCGGUCAUCGUGCAGAAUUCGGCGCUCAUGCUUGUCGCCUGCACUGCUGGGUUUGUCCUCCAGUGGCGCCUUGCCCUCGUCCUCGUUGCGGUGUUCCCUGUCGUCGUUGCCGCCACCGUUUUGCAGAAAAUGUUCUUGAAGGGCUUCUCCGGGGACCUGGAGAAGGCGCAUGCCAAGGCGACGCAGAUCGCCGGCGAGGCCGUGGCCAAUGUCCGGACCGUGGCGGCGUUCAACUCGGAGGCCAAGAUCGCCCGGCUUUUCGCCGCCAACCUCCAGAGCCCCCUCCGCCGCUGCUUCUGGAAGGGCCAGAUCGCCGGAAGCGGCUUCGGCGCAGCCCAGUUCCUCCUCUACGCCUCCUACGCCCUCGGCCUAUGGUAUGCCGCCUGGCUCGUGAAGCACGGCAUCUCCGACUUCUCCAAGACCAUCCGCGUCUUCAUGGUCCUCAUGGUCUCCGCCAAUGGCGCCGCCGAGACCCUCACCCUCGCCCCCGACUUCAUCAAAGGCGGCCGCGCCAUGCGCUCUGUCUUCGAAGUGCUCGACCGCAAGACGGAGGUGGAGCCCGACGAUCUGGACGCCGCCCCGGUCUUCGACCGCCUACGCGGCGACGUCGAGCUCAAGCACGUCGACUUCGCCUACCCAACCCGUCCAGACGUGCCGGUUUUUCGUGACCUGACCCUCCGCGCCCGCGCCGGCAAGACGCUCGCCCUCGUCGGGCCCAGUGGCUGCGGCAAAAGCUCGGUCAUCUCGUUAAUUCUGCGCUUGUACGAGCCGAAUUCGGGGCGGGUGUUGAUAGAUGCGAAGGACAUCCGGAAAUAUAAUCUCAAGUCCCUGAGGCGGGCGAUGGCGGUGGUGCCGCAGGAGCCAUGCUUGUUUGCAGCCACGAUUUUCGAGAACAUCGCGUACGGACGGGAGGCGGCGACGGAAGCAGAGGUGGUGGAGGUAGCGACGCAGGCGAAUGCGCACAAAUUCAUAGCGGCGUUGCCGGACGGGUACCGGACCUGGGUCGGGGAGCGGGGCAUGCAGCUCUCCGGCGGCCAGCGGCAGAGGAUAGCGAUCGCCCGAGCUCUGUUAAAGAAGGCGCAGGUGCUGCUGCUGGACGAGGCGACGAGCGCGCUGGACGCAGAAGUGGAGAGAAGCGUGCAGGAGGCGCUGGACAGGGCGGGGGCGGCGGCGGGGCGGACGACCAUCGUUGUGGCGCACCGCCUGGCCACUGUGAGGAAUGCGCACGUAAUCGCCGUGAUCGACGAGGGGAAGGUGGUGGAGCAGGGGUCCCAUUCCCACCUGCUCAACCACCACCCGGAGGGCUGCUACGCCAGGAUGCUUCAGCUCCAGCGGCUCACGCGCUUGCCGGAGGCCGGCGCGCCGGGCCCAUCCAACCCUGCCGGGAUAUGAACUUCGGACCGGACAGGGGAGGUGAGCCAAGAUCCAAGUGCUACGCUUACCGCUGCCUUUUUGCCUCCUUUGUGUUUUUGAUUUUUUGUUUAUUUUUUUAUGUUUCGUUCGCGCAGAAUUAAAUUCCUCGUGUAAUUAAAUUAUUACGGAAUGCGUGUUUAGUCCACUAUUAGCCGUAUUUGCAAAAGCUAAGAAUAUUUAGCCUUAUAACCCA